AUGAAGAAAGGAACUUCGGUUGCGAUGCGACCGAGAGAAGAUCGACAGAAUCCACCAACUCAGACAGAGAACGAGGGCCUCUCCCCUUCUUCGCGUCCUUCUUCCUCGCAUCCGUCUUCCUCUUAUCCCGCUGAUGGCUGCUCGUCUUCUACAGGCAACCGCUUCUCUCCUUGUUCCUCUGCAUGUCCUCAUGGCGACGGCGACGGCCCAGACCUUCCUCUCUGUGGUCUCGCCUCGGAACAUCUGCGCGACACUGUGCUGUCUGCGAAUGAAGGCGAAGGCCUUCCCGGCGCGGCCGAUCCGCUGGCGCUCCUUCCUCUCCCUCCGGGCGUGCUCCCGGGGACUGAGGGCUCGUCGGUGUCUCUCGCUGAGCUGACGAGUCCCCUUCCUCUGGCGCUGCCGCCCGAAGAGGACGCUAGUUGGGCGCAAGUUCUUUGCCCGGUCCUCGCGGAGGCUCCAGACGCUCAGCGGGAAAAGGCGGACAGCGAGGGCGAGGGCACCGGAGAUCCAGAGUCGUUUCCGACGCGUCCGAGGGGCGAGUUGGCGCCAGAGGAACCGACCAAAGGCGGACUUGGAGAGACGGCGGCGCGGCCCGUAGCCGCUGCACCACGCGAGGAGACGCGGGACCCGCCAAGGCCGAGCCUGGCAGGGACGGUACCCGCGCAUGCAGCAGCUUGUGGGGGGCGUGUUUCGUCGGACUCUGAGUUUGUGCACGAGGCGUGCAGAGAAGUGGAAGAAGCAAAGGACGAGAGGAUGAUGGUUGAGCGGAGUCGCGACGAAGGAGCUGGGAGCGAGGCGGAAGAAGCACGAGAUAUCGCGGAGAGACCGGCAGGCAAAGAAGGCCCCAGCAGUGAGCAGUGGGUUUCCACAGAGAAGGACGAGCAAGUGGCGGCCCUGCGGGGUGACGUGGGCGACCCAAAGGAGACAGGACCUCGCAUGCGAGGCCGGAUUCUUUCCGGGUCCACGCACCAGGCGAGCGUGGAGCCGGCGGGGAGCCUCGAAGGCUACAGCAGGUCGAGCUUUUCUUUUUCGUCCAGGUCGACGCCGCGCAGCCGGUCGCCAGGAACAGACGCAGAGCCCUUGAACUCGGCCUUCGGCCCAGGAGGCCUUUUCUCGCUCGUCCCUUCGCGCGAUGCCACGCCGUGCCCGCCUGCCUCUUCGCCGCGUUUAUCUGCGUCCUUGGCGUCGCUUGCCUCCUGUCCAGAAGGCAACGGGGAAAAGACAGGGGACGAAGAGACAGGGGACGAGAGCGACGGUCGCGGGGCAGAUGGAAGCUGCGGGAGGGCGCAGGAAGAAGGACGAACAGACCUUCCAGGGCGUCCGAGCGAACGGGAGCCCCUGCGAGCGGCGGGCGGUCCCCGUCGAGACGUCGUUGGCGAAGCGGGCUCAGCCCGCGAGGGAGAAAGAGACGGUCGGGAGGCAGAUCCGGGCGAAGGUCGCAGCGAAGAUUCCAGUGAAGAGGACGACAUGUGGACCGAAGAAGAGGACGACGAAGCGCGCUGGGAUGCUAGGGCAAUGGCGGAAGAGAGAGCGGCACGGAUCCGCGCUCAGAGAGAGUGCACCGACGGCAGCAGGCUCGCCUGGUGCGUGGACCCGGAAAGAAUCCGGUCUCGCAUGCGCGGUCCUGUCUCCUUUGGGUCGCCCACGUCACCCCGCAGGGCCGCCACUUGCUAUUCGUUUUCAGAACACGGCGGCGACUUCUUCGCUUUGUCCAGUGAAGACGAACACGAUGGCACAUGCCCUUCGACGGCCACUCCUAGAACGCACGCCUCUCUCUUGGCGCAUGCUCGCAACGCCCGAUCGGCCCCCCCGCGCCUCUGGCGGGGUCUCCCUUCUCGUGGCUCGUCUCCUCGCGGCUCGUCUCCUCGUGGCUCGUCUCCUCGCGGCUCGUCUCCUCGUGGCUCGUCUCCUCGCGGCUCGUCUCCUCGUGGCUCUGCCGCUUUGUCUCUGUGUCCUUUUCUCUCAACCCCCUUGCCGCUGACCGACUCGCGGGGAUCUGUCAAGGCCACCCCAGCUCCUGCGUCCACUGUCUCCCGCUCGCUUUCGGACUCUGCGCGCCCACCUCGCCUGGUUGGUGCCGAGAGACGAGGGGGACUCCGAGAUCGCCGAGGCGAGGCGAAGGACGCGGCGCGCAAGCUGGUUGAGGGACGUGGCGAAAAGGGCGAGGCAGAGGACGAAGGACGAAAAAGUCGCGCGGCGAGCGGGGAGGUCCACGUGACCCCGCGGAAGGCCGCCCGUCCCGCUCAGACCCGAGAGGAAAGGAGUGACAGAGACGCCAAACGCGAGGGCGAGCACCAGGGAAACUGGGAAAGAGCGUACGCGUCCGCGAGUUGGAAGCCAGUGCCUUCGCGUUGUGGAGAGACACCGCAGUCCAGAGCCGCUGCCUGCGGCGGAGGCGAUCGUCUCCCGCCGCUUGCGGCUGCGCUUCCGUCUGCUCAGGCCCUCGCCGGCCUUCUGGGGGCUCACCCGAGGACGCCAAAGAGAAGCGACGCCUCCGAGGGCGGCCAGGCGGAGGGACACUCGCCGUCGGCUGCUCCGUCGUCGGCUGCUUCGUCUUCGACGGGUCCGGUGUGCUUCUCAGCCGCCAGGAGCCUGUCAGGCGGUUCGGACGUGGCGCCGCGCCCGCGAGGAGGAAGAGAAGCGCCCAUCCCACGGUUGUCUGUGUCCUCUGUCGCGUCGGACGGCGAGCGCGUCCCGUUUGAACGAAGGAGUUACUUGCUCAUCAAGAAACUCAAUUUCAUUCUCAGGCACGGCGCCCCUCUCUUCAAGCUCCCGAUGCGAGAAGACGGCUACGUGAGGAUCCGCCAGCUGCUGGAGCUCGACUGCAUGAAGAGCGUCUCGUGGGAAGAAAUCUAUCUGGUUGUCGCCUCGAAUUUCAAGCGAAGGUACGAGGUCUGCUACGACCCCACAGAGCCGGACCGCGUCGGAGAGACUUCGGAUGCAUGCGUCGGCGACGCAGAGCGACACUCGCAGUUUCCAGAUAAAACGCCUCGAGGUCAGGCUGCCAGUGGUAACGUUUCGGACAUGCCUGCCUCGCGCACGCCUCGCGGGGCGGAGAAGGCGGCUGCACAGAGAGAAGCAGGCGCGGAGGCAGAACACAACCAAGGCAGAGGACACGAGGAAGAGAGAGGCCAUCGAGACUCGACUUCUUCUUUUUCGCGCCUUCCUCGUACCUAUCCCUCAACGCCGAAAGCAGCCCCAGAUUCUGCCCCGGGCGAGAAAUCGCUUCUUUCCAUCCUGGGAUGCUGGGCAGCGGGGACGGCGCGGAGGUCAUCAGAGUCGGACAGCCACGAACGCGCUCGCUGUGAGCCGCCGUUCCCCUCUUCCGCGGCUCCAGAGCUUAUCAGCGAUCGCUGGCUGCUGCGGGCCACGCAAGGCCACACCAUUCGGGAAGUCUCGAGCGAUCUCCUCCUGCGGCGAAUCCACGACGCCGCUGAGCUGCGAAAGUGCGUUCACGGGACGUUCAUGAAGAACUGGUUGGCCAUCCGGACGCUGGGUUUGAGUCGCAUGCAUCGAAACCACAUACACUUCGCUCCUGGUUUGCCGUCUGAGUGCGGAGUGGUAAGCGGCAUGCGCCGUUCCAGCGACGUGGCUAUUUACGUGAACGUCGCACUCGCCAUGAAGGAAGGCGUUAAAUUCUACGUCUCGAACAACAACGUCAUUCUCACGGAGGGCAUUCGCGGCAAACUGGCGCCACGGUAUUUUAAGCGCGCCGUUCAUCUGAAGUGGGACGUCUCUCUGUUUGAAGACGGUCGCGACUUCACACCUCGUUUCUUCGAUCGUCUGCCUCCCGAGAUGUUGGAAGAGCACCGGAAGUCGAUCUACGCGAAGCACUUGGCCAUCAACCAGUUGUCAGGCGAUCGAUCAUGCGCGGAGAGCGCGCCCGCCCUUGGAGGAUCCGGGGAUGCCUCCAGAGAAAGGGACUGA